CAGCAAUUCAGCGUUAACCGAUUGUGAAUCGUUCCGUCAAUCGCCAUAUUGAUUUUAGACGAAAAAUCUCAAGCAGCCACAUUGGAUCGUAACAUCUAGUUACAUUAAAAGUAAUAAAUUUUCACAGCUCUUUCGGAGACCUCAAGGAAUUUUUAAAAAACGUUUCCAUGAAUAGGACACAACUGUAACACGCUGAGCCGCAAAAAUAGUUAAUUCAACUGAGAAAUAUCAACUAUACUACGACAGCAUUUGUACUGCAUAACAAAGCCGGAUAGACAAACUUUGGAACGAAGCAUUCGUCCACCAAACACACGGUAGUGAAAGCUUGGUGCUUCGCAAAAGUGGAAGAAUACAGUAAGAGAGAACAUUUUGAUUUACAGAUAUUAACAACACACAUCCAACGGCUGACAAAAUAAUAUACUGAAAUGUCUUCUAUGAGUCACCGGCAGAAACGUGAUGUUGGAUAUGAUCACGAUACGCGGAGGGAAGAACGAAAAAGACGCAGCCGCUCCAGUAGUCGUUCGCGUCAUCGUCGCUACAAUGAAAGUCGCAGUCGUAGUCGAUCCAUAGACUAUCGUAAGCGUCGUAACAACAGACGUUCCCGUAGUCGUAGUCGCAGUAGGAGUUACAGCCGAAGAGAUAGACAAAACUCUAGCCGACGACAUCGAGAUUCUCGUAGUCGAAGUCGUUCUAAUGCGCGUUCACAUCGUAGUAGCAGAAGAGACUCACGCUCACGCAGCCCCGAAAAGCGUUCACGUAAUAUGAUGGAUGCUGAUCGAAGACAAUAUGAUAAUGUAGCAAAGAGUUCUAAAAGUAAUUCAACGGAAAGCAGUCGUUCUAAAGCAACAGAUUUCGAUCAGCAAAAUACGCCGGAUCUGCAACAUUUACCUUUACCCAAGCGUGAACCCAUUGGAGCAUACUACAACCUCGAUACAGAUGAACCAAUAGAUAAAGAGCGCAUACACCGUGAAAUGGAAGAGAAAUUGCGACAAGCACUUGCUAAGGAAGGCAAGGUGUAUCCACCAAAAAAGCCCGAGGCUUCACAUCCAGUAUUUGCAAAUGAUGGUUCGUUUUUGGAGAUUUUCAAAAAAAUGCAAGCCCAACAACAACAUCCACAUGUACCAGUUGCCACUGCGCCAGCCAUUGUUGCACCUAUCGUGGUGGCUCCUGUGUUAGCGUCUACCUCAAAUGCAGCCACAUCAAGUAACAAAGUUGUACCACCACCGCCGAUAGUUGGACGCCGGCGUGGUGGAAAAAUUCUUAAAACCGGUGUGGUGGCUAAGCCGAAAGCUCAAGCUGAACAGGGUGAUGACCCGAAAGACUUUUGGUCGCUGUACUUGGCCGAGGUUAACAAGUACAAAAAUCACGCGUGUGAUUCGGACGGCGGCACAAGGCCACUGGUUAAGUGAACCUAAAUAGACGUUAAAUAGAACUUGAGUGAAAUGAAUACUUCGAGUUUUCCCCAAUAUGACAUGAAUUCUGUGCAUAAACUAAAAAAACAAUAUACAUAUAAAUUAUAGGAGUUUAUUUAAAUUGAAUUACGAAUCAAUUCCACUUCUUCGAAUUACCUGUGAAUAAUUUUCAUUUUAAAGCUAAAAGUAGUUGUAA